UGGAAGAAAGAAGUGAUGAAAUUGACUAGUCUGCUUAUUGAGUUGGCCAUUUUGAUUUUGAAGGUCUUGCUACAGUCUUCAAUUCUUUCAUAUGAAAUUCUUCCACACUUGAAGUUGAUGCUGCUUUGUUAUAAUUUGUAAUUUUGAAGAACCCACUAACCAUUGACCAAAACUCCGCCGAGUCCUUCCCCUUUUGAUCGAUUCCAAAUGAAAUUUAGCCGAGUUAAGGACUUUCUUUUUCCCACGCUUGGACCGAUGGUGGCUUGUUUUUGGUUACUCGGUCGUCAACACCCUCCAUUUUAAUAUUCCCAAUUGAUUCAAGAACGUUUCAAACCCGCGGCCUUCAUAACCUCCCAUCCCCACUUGAUCCAUUUGGCGAUUCCUGCUUUGUCUAUUGUGGGAUUCUGAUGUUCUUUCCUUAUUGAUUCAAUUGGGAGCAUUAUCCGGCCAAAAAUGAAGUUCCGCCAUCUUCUUUCUACUUGUUGUUACUCUCCAUCGCCGACAGCCAUGGAAAAUAGCCGCCAUGAUAGACAAGACAAUGAGAGUUUUCGUGUGUACUCUUACAACGAGCUUAAAUCAGCCACCAAUGGAUUUAAUGGAGCGAAUAAAGUUGGAGAGGGUGGAUUCGGUACUGUUUACAAGGGUCGGCUUCGAGAUGGCAGGAAGAUUGCUGUGAAGGUGCUUUCUAUUGAGGUAGAAUCCAUGAGAGGAGAAAGGGAAUUCAUUGCUGAGUUAACUUCACUUUCUAACAUUAGACAUGAAAAUCUGGUUGAGCUUAAAGGGUGUUAUGUUGAUGGAAGUAACAGAUAUUUGGUCUAUGAUUACAUGGAAAACAACAGCCUUGCAUAUGCUCUUCAGGGUGUGAGGGAAAAUAGAAUGAGACUUAGUUGGCAAGCCAGAAAGGAAAUUUUGAUUGGAGUAGCUUGCGGGCUUGCCUAUCUUCAUGAGGAGGUUGAGCCGCAUAUAGUUCAUAGAGAUAUAAAAUCCAGCAAUAUACUACUCGACCAUAAUUUUACACCUAAAGUUGCGGAUUUUGGAUUGGCUAAGUUGUUGAGAGACAACCAUUCUCAUGUUAGUACUCGUGUUGCUGGCACAAUAGGAUAUCUUGCUCCAGAAUAUGCUGUGAGCGGGCAUUUGACGCGAAAAUCGGAUGUCUAUAGCUUCGGAGUGUUGUUGUUGGAGAUUGUUAGUGGAAGAGCAACAGUUGAUUUUGAUUUGGAACAUGGUGAACACCAUUUGGUUGAAAAGGUAUGGGAACAUUACAAGACAAAUGAGCUAGUAAAAUUGAUUGAUCCCGUGCUUGACAUAGACUUCCGCGAAGAAGAGGCUGUUCGAUUUAUGAAGAUUGGUCUACUUUGUGUGCAAGAAAACACAAUGAAACGACCACGAAUGUCUCUUGCUUUAAGCAUGUUGAUGAAGGAGACCAACCUUAAUGAUCAUAAUAUUUCACAACCUGGACAUAUUAUUGACUUCAUGGACAUUAAAAUGGGUAAAGGAAACUCGUCAACCAGCAUUUUCUCCAAGGUUUCCACAGCAAAUAGCUUGUAAAGCUUCUGACCGACAUGGCUUCUGAGGGAAAGGUUAAACAUGGAAGUUGAAGAAAUAAUCCCAGUUAGAGCCUUUUUGAAAAUCUAGUAUGUGUACAUAAAUGAUUUGGUACAUGUCUAAAGCUCUUACCUUGUUUUUCACCCCAAAAUCUUGUCGACGAGUUGGUAUACACAUCGUAGAAUGAGGGUGAAUAACAGAGAAAUGUGCAGAGUUUUGUUUCUUUCUUCCAUUUUCUUCAUUUGAAUUGUUAAAUUCCAUUCCUUCCAUUCUUUUUUUUCUCUUCUACCCAAAAUCUGUAGUUUCAUUCAUGUAUUGACUAUUUGAAAUGAAAAAUCAUACUAAAACGGUCAAUUA